AUGCACAGUACAGCAGGCUGCAAUGGGUCACAUCCCCAGGCAGGAGAAUCUCCCGCUCCGGAGCCUGUUGCGAUCAUUGGAUAUGCCUGUCGACUUCCCGGUCAUGUGUCUUCCCCCGGCGACCUUUGGGAGUUAUGUACACGAGGCCGAAGUGGCUGGACACCUAUCCCUAAGGACCGAUUCUCGUCCGACUCCUACUACCAUCCCAAUCCUUCCAAGGCGGGAACCCUCAACCCCGCAGGCGGUUACUUUAUGGAAGAUGUUUCUCGGUUCGACGCUCCUUUCUUCAACGUCAGCGCCCAAGAAGCCAUUUCUAUGGACCCACAACAACGUUUGCUGCUAGAAUGUUCAUACGAGGCAUUGGAGAGCGCUGGAAUUCCCAGAGAAUCUAUGGCCGGGCGUAAUGUAGGUGUCUUUGUCGGAGGAAACUUUUCCGAUUACGAGCUCAACAACCUACGCGAUACCGAGACGGCCCCGAUGUUCCAAGCCACCGGAAAUUCAAUGGCUCUGCAGUCCAACCGAAUCUCAUACAUGUUUGACCUAAAGGGUCCCAGUUUUACGGUUGAUACGGCCUGCUCAUCUUCCCUUGUCGCCUUGCAUUCUGCUAUGCAGAGCUUGCGAAGUGGAGAAUCUACCGAGGCGCUUGUUGGCGGGUGCCAUUUGCUUCUGCUUCCUGAUAAUUUCAUUACUAUGUCCAUGUCACAGUUGUUCAACGAUGAUGGAAAAACAUUUUCCUUUGAAGAGAGGGGCAAAUCCGGCUUUGCAAGAGGCGAGGGCGCGGGUGUGGUGAUGCUUAAGCCUCUCUCUGCAGCACUACGCGAUCGAGAUCCUAUCCGUGCGGUCAUUGCUCAUUCGGGUGUCAACCAAGACGGGAGGACAAAAGGAAUUACACUACCAAAUGGAGCAGCCCAAGAGGAAUUAAUUCGCCGUGUAUACUCCGAGGCAAAUCUGGAUCCAGCAGACUGUGGGUUCGCUGAAGCACAUGGAACAGGCACGAAGGCAGGAGAUCCAAUUGAAGCUGCUGCGAUCCAUGCAGCACUUGGACAAGGCCGGACGCCGAGAAAUCCGCUCUAUAUGGGAUCAGUCAAGUCCAACGUCGGGCACCUCGAAGGCGCAAGCGGUGUUGUUUCAAUUAUCAAGGCUGCUAUGAUGCUUGAUAGUGGACUCUUGUUGCCCAAUGCCGACUUCAAGAAGCCCAACCCGGAUAUUCCAUUAGCAGAAUGGAAUAUGAAGGUCGUGACCUCAACCCGGCCGUGGCCCCGGGGCAAGAAAUAUAUCAGUGUCUCCAACUACGGUUUCGGUGGCACCAACGCGCAUGUUGUACUGCAAAAGGCUCCCCCAGAGCAGCCACAGGAAGAUAACGAUACAGAUAAAGAUUUCAAGCGCAGGCUUAUCUUGAUUUCAGCGAAUGAUAGAGAGGCGUUGCGGAAGAGAAUUUUGGAUUAUGGGAUUUAUUUCGAGCAACGACCUGAGGCCUUUGAGGACUCUCUGUUUAGGAACUUCGUUUACACAGUUGGGAGCAGACUGUCUCACCUUCCAUACCGCAUUGCCCUCUCCGCUACGUCUCUCAAUGACGUUGGGAUCCAACUAGCCCAAAUGAAGGUCAACCCGACGCGAGUGCUCGGAGGUGAAGGCCCGAAAAUAGCGUUUGUAUUCACUGGACAGGGAGCCCAGUGGGCUCAAAUGGGCAUUCCCCUUAUUGAUGAAUACCCGAUAUUUGGAUCAGCAGUUAAACGCGCUGAUCGGUAUCUUUCUGACGACCUUGGCGCAAAGUUCUCCCUUCUGGACGAGCUGUAUAAGUGCGCGACAACCUCAAAAAUCAACACGCCUUAUCUCAGUCAACCAGCGUGUACGGCACUCCAGAUUGCGCUGGUUGACCUGCUCCGGUCUUGGGGUAUUCGCUCAUCCUCGGUUGUCGGUCACAGUUCCGGCGAGAUUGGCGCGGCUUAUGCCGCUGGCAUUUUUGACCUAGAAGGCGCAAUGACACUUGCGUAUCGCCGUGGUCAAAUGACUGAAUUGCUAAAGACCUCGUUCCCCGACCUGAAGGGCACUAUGAUGGCUGUUGGUGCGAGCCAGGAAGCUAUAAAACCUAUGCUGAAGACUCUCUCGUCUUACGCGACUGUGGCCUGUGUGAACAGUCCUUCUAGUGUGACUAUCUCUGGCGAUGUAUCAGCUAUCGAUGAACUUCAGAUGAUACUCGAAGAGAAGCAGAUUUUCAACCGCAAGCUCAAGAUCGAUGUGGCUUAUCACUCCAACCACAUGAAGAAUGUGAGCGACGUGUAUCUUGCUACUAUCAAAUCGAUCCAUCCCGCGGAAACAGCCACCGCGACCUUCUUCUCCUCUGUGACCGGUGAGAUCGGACAAGCGAGUGACCUGAGUCCCAGCUACUGGGUACAGAACUUGACAUCUCCAGUGCUCUUUGCCAACGCUCUCAGCAAAAUGUGCGCUGAUGGGGAUAAGCCUAAUCUCCUUAUUGAAGUCGGACCCCAUUCCGCACUUAAAGGCCCGAUCCUCGAUACUUUGAAGACCCUUGGCACGGCCGUAGCCUCUAAGAUCGGCUAUGCUCCGACGAUUCUGCGUAAUGUUGAUCCUGCUCAGUCCGUUCUGGACGCUGCCGGUGCGGCGUAUGUGCGAGGAGCAACCCUCAACAUCAAUGAGGCCAACUUCCCUUGCAGUGGUACAAGUGAGCGGUCCUUCCUACGAGAUCUGCCGAAGUAUCCCUGGCAGCACGAAACCCAGUACUGGCACAAAUCUCGUAUUGCUGAGAAGCACAAGUUUCGAGAUGGAAUGCGAAAUGAUAUCCUGGGUGCUCAGGCGAUGUACUCAAACGACUUGGAACCGACAUGGAGAAACAUUGUACGUCUCGAUGAUAUCCCUUGGCUUCGUGAUCAUAGGAUGCAGGGUAUGAGUGUGUAUCCCAUUGCUGGCUACCUGGCUAUGGCAAUCGAAGCUGCACGGAGACGUGCGGACAAAUACGGCGCUACUACGGAAAGCUCUCAAUUUGAGUUCCGCGAGGUGACCGUGGGCGCCGCACUUGUCUUGACUGACGAUGUGGAUGCUGAGACUACUAUCACCCUCCGACCUUACACCGAGGGCACUAGAGGCAAAUCUGAUGUCUGGGAUGAAUUCCGCAUUUGCUCGUGGAAUUCCAAGCGAUCGUGGAUAGAGCACUGCCAGGGUUUGGUCCGAACUCGCCCUAACAAGAAGCUACAGAAGCAGAAUGCAGUGUCAAACUCUGUCGAGGUUGAGGAGAAAGAAUUCCGUGCCAAGACCGACGAGGUGCAGGCAGCUGCUACAUAUAAGAUUGAUGUUCAGAAUCUGUACUCGGUGCUCACGGACGUCGGCGCUGGCUACGGGCCUUGUUUCCAGGGCCUUGAGAACUGCUUUUCAGACCCGCGUCACUCGCGUGCUGAUUUGCACGUUCGAGACACAAAGGCUGUCAUGCCAAUGAACUUCGAAGCCCCAUUGACCAUCCACCCGGCCUUCUUGGACGGCCUGCUACACCUGGUGUGGCCUAUUCUUGGCAAGGGUCGUAUGGAACUCGAUACUCUUUACAUGCCAACUAUGAUCAAGCAUCUUGUCGUCAACGGCAACAUUCCCUCCACCCCCGGUGACUAUUUCAAGGCCUGGUGUAUUGGAGGUUCCAACCAGUCCAAGCCCGAACCCACAAAGUUUGAUCUGUGGGUGACACCCCAGGGCUCCAGUGAGAUUCUCAUUAACAUGGAGGGUUUGAUCAUGACCCCUCUCAACGAGCUUGGAGGAGCUGGCGGGGAUGUCCGCAACCUCUGCUACAAGCUUGAGUGGCAGCCAUUGGCUCGUGUCGACGGCGCUUCUGAUGAGGAGAAGAGUGAUGAGAAGGAGCUUAACGGUCAUGCAAACGGGUACACCAAUGGGCACACCAAUGGGUACACCAACGGGUACACCAAUGGGCAUACCAAUGGGGAUACCAAUGGCGAUACCAAUGGGCACACCAAUGGGCACACCAAUGGGUACACCAAUGGGUACACUAAUGGGUAUACUAAUGGUCACCACGAACCUAAAGCUGAUCUCCUGAUUGCCCAAUUUGGCAAGUGUGGUGUUGCCGCUGAUCGCCUGAAUGAUGCGAUCUCCAACGAGGACACCCACUGGUCAACGUCAAUCUCCUCGCUGGAUGAAGUUGACGUAACCCAGAAGCGCGAGCAUGUGAUUAUACUACAAACUGCAGCCAAGACAUUGCGUGACCUCACAGAGGAUGAGUUUGGGAACAUCAAACAGACCCUACUCAACUCAUCUAAUGUUCUUUGGGUUUACCGUAAUGACACACCCGAUUCCCAGAUGAUUGUUGGUCUCACUCGCACCUUGCGCUCUGAAACGCUUGCCAAGGUUGCCACCCUUGGACUUGGGGUCGAGGACAUCAAAAGGCUAGACAGGCCUGUUCUGACUGCCAUACAGGCAUUGUGGCCAGCUAGUGAUUCCGUGAAGCCCUGCAAAGACUUCGAGUUUAAGUUCGAGACCGGGGAGCUUCUUGUUCCGCGUGUCGUAAACGAUGGCACCCUCAGCUCGUUUGUGAGAAAGGAAACUACCAACGAGGUUACUCUUUCGUCUCAGCUAUUUAGCCAGCCUGAUCGCCGUUUCAAGCUUGAGAUUGGCAACCUUGGUGCUCUUGAUACUCUAUAUUUUGCAGAUGAUGAGGCCGGCCCAUUGGCUGAUGAUGACAUCGAGAUUGAAGUCAAAGCUACUGGCCUUAAUUUCAAGGAUAUCGUCGUGACUAUGGGACAACUCGCUCAACCUUACAUUGGUAUCGAGUGCAGUGGUAUCGUAUCCUCUGUUGGUAGAAAUGUCAGAAACGUGAAGGUUGGCGAGCGAGUCAUGGCCCUGCCCUUGGGAGGCUACUCGACAUUCGCACGCUGCAGAGGCACUAGUGCAACCACCAUUCCCGAUAAUAUUUCGAUCGAAGUUGCUGCCACUGUCCCUGUCGUGUUCUGUACCGCGUACUACGCUCUCCAUGAGCUAGGCCGUCUGAAGCAAGGAUCAGGGGAGCGGAUUUUGAUUCAUGCCGCUGCUGGUGGUGUUGGUCAGGCUGCGAUUAUGUUGGCACAGCUGGCCGGAGCCGAGAUCUUCGUGACUGUUGGAAGCGCGGAGAAAAAGGAGUUCCUCAUCGCGCAGUACGGUAUUCGCGAGGACCACAUUUUCUACAGUCGCGACGCGUCAUUCGGCCGCAGUCUUCGCCAGGCCACAGGCGGUGUGGAUAUCGUCCUCAACUCCCUGGCAGGCGAUCUGCUCCGCGAAACCUGGGAGUGCCUGGCCCCCUUCGGCAGAUUCAUUGAAAUUGGUAAGGCGGAUAUCACCAAGAACACCCGCCUGGACAUGCAACCGUUCGAAUACAACGUCUCUUUCCAUUCUGUCGACCUCACCAAGAUUGCGGCAUACAAGCCCAUGUUGAUGAAGCAAUUGUUAGACAAUGUGUCCGCGCUCAUGGGCAAGGGCUAUGUCCACUCUAUCUUCCCUCUUACUUCCUAUCCGAUUUCCGAGAUUGAGACAGCUUUCCGUGCGUUGCAAACCGGAAAGUCGAUGGGCAAGACUGUGAUCAUCCCCCAACCAGACGACUAUGUUAAUGCGGUUGUCCCCAAGACCGGCUCUGAUAUUUUGAAGGCCGACGCAUCCUACAUUCUCAUUGGCGGCACUGGGGGUUUGGGUAGGAGUAUGGCCAAGUGGAUGUCAUUGAAGGGAGCAAGGAACAUUGUGCUCGUGUCACGAAGUGCGUCAAUUAACGACAAAGUGCAAGCCCUGAUUGACGAACUGGCCGUUAGCGGGACAAGUAUCACCGUUAAGGCCUGUGAUGUGAGCAGCAGAAAGUCAGUGGACUCGCUCUUGAAUGGCAUGAGAAAUCUUCCCCCAGUCCGGGGUGUUAUACACGGUGCAAUGGUUCUCCGGGAUAUGCUCUUUGAGAAUAUGACCCUACAAGAUUUCCAAGCUGUCACUGCUAGCAAGGUCGAAGGCGCAUGGAACCUCCAUGAGGCCCUCGCUAAAUCUCCACUAGACUUUUUCGUGGCCCUAUCAUCUGUUGCUGGUGUCAUCGGUAACCGAGGACAAGCCGCAUACGCAGCCGCCAAUGUCUUCUUGGACGGCUUUAUGGAGUGGCGCCGCGGUCAGGGUCUCCCAGGAACCACCAUUGACCUUACUGCAGUGCGCGACGUGGGCUACCUUGCCGAAGUCGAUACAAAGCGGCAACAGGAGGUGCUGAAGAAUAUCGGCACCGAUGGAAUGGAUGAAGCUGAGGUGCUGGCACUUCUAGCCGCCACUAUAACCGGCGAUUUGGCGCAAUCAUGCUCUGGACAGUGUAUUACAGGCUUGGAGUCUACCACAUUGGACCAUUUCUGGGAGCAAGACGCCAAGUUUAGUUUGCUCGCCAAUGCAAACAAGGCCCAUGCAGGUGGAGAUUCCAACGAGGUCUCUCUGCCGCUCCACGUGCAGUUCGCCAAUGCUGAGUCCAAGGAGGUUGCGCUACAGAUCUGCUACAAGGCACUCGCGAACAAGCUGGCGCAAGUUCUGGUCCUUUCAAUGGAGGAUAUCGAGCCUACCAUCUCAGUUUCAUCUCUUGGCCUGGAUUCUUUGGUUGCCAUUGAGAUCCGUAAUUGGAUUGCCCGUGAAGCAAAUGCCAAUGUGCAGGUGCUGGAGUUGCUGUCAACCGGAUCUCUGAUUGGGCUGGCGGAGGUUAUUGUGAACAAGUCGCAGAAGUAA